AUGGAUUUCGGACACAAGACAUUUUGGCAUUAUCUGAAAAAGCAACGAACCGAGGUCGAAACCAUUCUUCAAGACGUAGAACGCCGUGCAUAUGAAUUACUUUUAGAGUCUCAGAACGCUACAUGGGUUUUAGGACAUCAAAUCGAUCCUGACGGCCCAACGGCAGAAGAUUGUCAUUUGCAUGGUGAUGAAGAAUCGCUGUCAAAGCCAGCGAGCAAUUCGGUGGGAUCUCUCGAACUAGACGAUUUGGAAGAAAUUGAGGAUCCAUUGGACGUUGCCAUCCGCGAGAAAAGACAGGAACUUUUGGAGAAGCUUUUGACGAGACUUGCGCGUUAUUGCGCCCCUUUCGUAUCCAAGUACUACCAGGAACGGCUUGCAGUCAUAUGGGCAUGUGUGUGCCGCGCUGUUUACACUGAGCCUAGCCUGAUGCUGGUGGCCCAAAACUACGAGAAUGCUGCAUCGAUGCUGAAGGCGACAGACCUGAAUCUUGCGACAGUCGAGAAACUUUGGGAGGCUGUCAAGCAUCUCUAUGUUCAUGACGUUCGAGCCGCAAUUGAUGAUGUUCUUCAUCCUAUUAGAAACACAGGAGACUACGUGCUCGUUCUUGGUACCCGUGUAUACCGGGAAUUGAGCGGUGCGAGCCUUCCCUUUCACGCCUGGGGACAUAUGACUGCAGUUUUUCCUUGUUACUCGUGCGUUCGGAAGGUCUGUAAAACAGUUGACGAUAUUGUUGCCCUUACUAGAUAUGCGCUCUUGACUGGAAGCAACCUGGCUCAAUCGCAGAUGAGAUACCAAUUCGAAUAUGAUACGGCGCGCGCCUUAACGAUUUGUGGUUUUAUACCAAACGUCAUAGAGGAUUUUGGUCCUCGUUACUCAGUGCAAAAGGGGAACUGCUGCUUUCAACGCAACACACCACAUUGGUCGGAGGUCAAGACAAACUACGUUAUUUGUGUGGGCCUGUCAUUGAAUGACGAAAAAUCACAACUAUUCGUUAACGCUUGUCUUCGUCAUCCUGACUUGAAGAUACUUGCUCGAAAGGGUGUUGAUGGGCGCAUCAUCAAGCCGAAGAAGCUCUGCGGUUCGCGGACCCGAGAAGCGUCGACACGCGCUGGUUUGAAGAACGCUCCGUGGGGAGAUUCGAAGUUUUAUAGCGAUACCCUGUUGGAGGAGACCUGGCCUGUCGUUGGUUCUAGCCUAAAAAUCCAAGACUGCUUUCAGCUCGCUAUCCUUGACGACGGGGAUGGCACUAUGGUUGACUUCAUCGACAAAUUGAUCAAGCUUUGGUACCAAGUCUAUCAAGUCGAAGAUUUCAGAGGCCUUUUCAGUGGGAUCGGGAAUGUGUAUCUGGACAAUGGCGAACUCGAGUUAAACGAGCACUGGGAACCCACCAAGUAUCCGCUUGUGCCUAAUGUUGAGACGGAUAUGUUGUAUUCGUAUCAGCGUCUUUGGGGAAAGGAACCGAGUGAAGGGAAACUGGUGGACGACGAAAUCGACAAAGCGAUGUUGGUCCCUGAGAGAUUUGCAGCGAAGUAUAAACGAUGA